CGGCGGGAAGCGGGGCCAGCGCCGCGCCGGAGUAGCGCGCUUGCACGGGGCCGGGCCGGGGCCGCUUCCCGCUGAGGGCCCGCAUCCGGGCGGCGCCGGGCCGCGGAGAGCGGAGAGGCGGAGAGGCGGAGAGCGGAGAGCGGUGAGCGUGGAGAUCCGGAGAGCCGUGAGCGUCCGUUGGGCUCCGUUCGCGUCGGCGUCGGCUGGGCGCUGCGGCAGUAUAUGGUAAACCAGCAGUUCUGACCACCUUAAUGAUGAAAACAGAAGCUAAGGAUGGAGAGGAGGAAAGCCUGCAAACAGCAUUCAAAAAGCUGAGAGUUGAUGCAGCUGGCUCUACUGCUUCUCUUUCUAUUGGUGAAGGGACACGAGCACUGGUUAGAGCAGCAGCAGAUGAAACCAAACCUAAGAAUGCUUGUACUUCUAAGGAUACCUGGCAUGGGUCUGUGAAGAAACCUUCCAGAGGAGCUGUGAGAACUCAGCGUCGCAGGCGUUCCAAGUCCCCAAUUCUUCAUCCUCCAAAAUUUAUUCACUGCAGCACAAAAUCACAAUCCACGUGCAACCAACUGAUGCACAAAGGCCAGAUUGAUGCCCCAGCUGAUGGCAGUGCAUUUGGAAUAUUAGUCCCAAAGGAAGCUUGUGCACACGAACGAUGCAGUAUUGCCUCAGACAUUGGCCAGAAAAGAGAUGGUGUCGGUUGUUCCGGAGCCUCUGUUGCACAGUCCACGUCAGUGAACACACAAGAAAAUUCUCCCACUGCCAUUUCUUUAGUAUCUGAAGCAAGCCUAAAGACUGCAGAGCUCUCUGACUUCCGAUCUGUGUCCAAGCUGAACAAGCAUAAGCCAUGUGCCUGCGUAGAUAAAGCCUGUCAGUGUAAACGAUGGCAAGAAAUGGAGGUGUAUAAAUUCUCUGGCUUGCAGAACACUUUCACGUUGGCAUCUGAUAGAAGAACAGUUGCAGAGGAUCACUCCCAGUCUUUGCUAUCGAGAACUCCAUCGAGUUCCCCACGCUCUUGCUCUGAGCAAGCCAGAGCCUUUGUGGAUGAUGUGACUAUCGAAGACCUUUCAGGAUACAUGGAAUAUUACUUGUAUAUUCCAAAGAAAAUGUCUCACAUGGCAGAAAUGAUGUAUACCUGAAAACAAGGACUGCUAAAAACAGAAGGGUGGGUGGUUUGUACAUGUCCUUAGUCACAGUCAUGUGAGAUGGAACCUGAUCAUUGCUCACUGUGCUUGCAAUAAAAUCCUUUCUUCGCAUCUUAGCUGAUGUUCAUUAUUUCAGCUGGACAAAUGCUAGCUUCAGCAUGAUAGUUUAAACUUGGAAUAGAUAAUGAAGUAAAUAUAGACAAUGUGUUUAGAGAGUAUCUGUCUAUGCUUGAGUCCUAACAUGGGAAAUUCGACUUAGUUUUCAAAAU